UGGAAUCAGAGAAUACAGAGGAUGCUCAUCGAGACAACAAACUCUUGGAAAGUAGAAACAUAAAGACCAUUUUAGAUGAUUGUGUCCUCUGCUGCUGAAUAAAAGGGGCUAAUGUUCUGUUUAGAGUAAUAGGAUAGGAGCAUUUCCUGCCCAUAGUUACUGAAAAGGAAAUGUUCAGCUGUGUGAUUUUGAUGUUCGUCCUGCUCUGCAGCUCUAUAGCAGAUGAAAACUCUGUCGGAGAUGCUGACAUUUUCCCUUCAGCUCCUGAAAUUGAAAGAGGAUCCACCCUGAAACUAUUUUGUGUACUCGGAAAGCACUACACACCUCACAGAAAUGCAAGCCAUAUCAUCUGGAAACUGAAUCAUGAAUUGAUCACUGAGGAAAACUAUAACAUUGUGAACGAGACUGUGUCUAGUGUAACCAUCCAUAAUUUCACUUACAGCAAAGCUCAUGUGAAAUGUUUCAUUAAGUACUUGGGCAAGGAACAGCUUUUGGUUCACACGGAAGUUAAAUCUGGCUUUUCACCAGACACACCAGGAAAUAUUUCCUGCAUUUAUUACUUUGAUGUUGAACUUACCUGUACCUGGACUUCAGGAAGAGAAACUAAUCUUAGGACAAACUAUACUCUUUACCGAAAAUUGAUGACAGAAGGAAGUGUGACUCGUCCAAGUACAGUGGGCUUCUGUGAAAGCAAAAUGGAGUCAUGUUCAUUUUAUUAUCCAGAUACUCCGUAUAGUAGUUCUUUUUGUUUUCAGGUGAAAGCUGAGAAUGUUUUGGGUGAAGCCUCAUCAGGUUGUGUUCCUAUACCUAUGGAAAAAAUAGAGAAAUUUGAACCUCCUGAAAUACUUUCAGUUAAAAAAAUCACUGGUAUAAAGCAGUUGCUUACAGUAACCUGGAAAAUGCCUGAGAAGAUUAUCCCUUCACAAGAUUUAGUUUGCCAAGUUCAAUACAGAAACUUAUAUUCAAACUCUUUGGAAUUUAUCACUGUCCCACUGAAUUCUGCAGCGAAAAUAGGAUCAUGUAAUCUCACAGGUCUGUGGGACUCCACAGAAUAUUCAGUUGCCAUUCGGUGUAUCAGUGCUGUGUCAAUAUUCUGGAGUGAAUGGAGUAGAGGGAAAAGAGCAAACACAGAAGAGAAAGCUCCUUCAGAAAAAGUGGAUUUGUGGAGGGUAAUUGAGUCUUCACACCCAGCUGGAAGUAGAUCUGUACAUCUUAUGUGGAAGCCAUUAAACAGCUUUCCACCUUCUGGGAGAAUUCUAGGCUACAAAAUACAGUAUUUUCCAGAAAGCAAUGCUACCCUUAAAAUGACCAACAUCUCUACCAAUGAGAAGAUGAUUUUACUUUUAAAUGAAGAGGCAUAUAUAAUAUCUGUUACUGUCUAUAACUCUGCUGGAAAUUCUCCUGAAGCUGUUUUGAGGAUUCCAUCCACUGAUGAAAGACCUUCUCAGAUGAUUGAAACAGUGAGGACCUUUACGACAAGUGAAGAAUUGGUUGUGAAAUGGGUAGCCUUCAAACCAGAAGUAACUGAAUAUGUAGUGGAGUGGUAUGAGGAACUGGAGACAGAUCCUUUCAGUAGAUCAUGGCAAUAUGUAUCAAAUUCUACAGAAUGGAAAACUAACAAAAAAAACUUUAAACCAUUUGUAUGCUAUAACAUCUCAGUGUAUCCUCUCUAUGGAAAUAAAGUAGCAGCUCCAUAUUCCAUACAAACUUACAUUCAACAGAAGAAGCCAUCAGAAGGACCUGUGGCUGACACAGGCAUUCCAGGCAAAAAUGAAGUUACAAUAAAAUGGAACGAGAUUUCAAAGGAUAAAAGAAAUGGAUUUAUCAGUAACUAUACAAUAUUUUAUAAACCUGAAGAUGGAAAAGAAUUGAAUGAAACAGUGAAGUCUGAUGUUCUGCAAUACAAACUGAAGUCCUUACAGGCUGAUACGCAAUAUACUGUCUAUAUCAUGGCAAGCAAUGAAGCUGGUGGAACCAGUGGAGAGCCAAAAACCUUCAAGACUUUGAAAUUCAAUCAGGAAGAUGUUAUUUUCAUUGCUCUGCCUGUUGGAUUAAGCAUGUUGGUUCUGCUAGGCUUUUGGAUAACAUACAUUUUGAAAAAACAUGCGUUUAAAAAGGCUUGCUGGCCUGAUAUACCCAAUCCUGCAGAGAGCAUUGCAGUUGAAUGGCCUCUUGAUGCAUCUAUGAAUAAUUCAUUUUUGAAGGGAGUAACAACUGAGGCUAAAACCAUAGACUUUGAAGACAUAAGCGUUUUGGAACAUUGUUUUCCUGAAGACAGCCAGGAAGGAUCACUACUAAUGAAUUUUGAAAACCAUGUUUCUGCAUGUACUGAUACUAAUAUAAAAGGCAUGGUUAACAGAGGUAAAAAGAUACUGUAUAAUAAAGAAAAUGAAGUUGCUAAAUGUUUUUCACCAUCCAUGCCUUAUGUAAUUACUGAUCAAGAUAUCAGAAGUCAAACGCAUUCAGCCUUGAUACCAGUGAAAGAAAUCCAAUGCAUAGAAAAGCUGGAAGAUGGUGUAUGUGGAUCUCCUCAACAGACCUCAAUUAAAAAUGAAGAAAAUGAUCAUGAAGUUUUAAAGCUGAAAGAUUUCAGUGAAAAAGCACUGUUCAAUCCAUACCUUAAAAAUUCUGUUAAAACUAGAGAAUUUCUUAGUUCUGACAGCUUGCCAGAACACAGUAAGAAUGAACCCAAAAGUCAGUCAACUGUUUUACCUUCUUUUCACCAAAAUGUCGCUGGACAGGCCUACAUAACAGUGGACAUGUUUGGGCUGGACACAGCUCAUUAGCAUGAAGAAACUUUCCUUUGUAAAUUCCUCUUACAACAUAAUUGGGCACUGCUACUUGCAUGUGUAUGUGUAUUCUAACCUGGCUGGUCUCAGUUAAUUUGGGUGAAAACAACUUCCCUUGGACAGCUGUUAAGUAAUUUUUUGCCCUGUGUUUAUACCCAUGAAGGUUCACUUUUUGGUUUGGAGAGGGUUUUGUUUGUUUGGUUGGUUGUUUUUUACCAAAUAACUGUGCCAGUUGAGAGGCAAAGGAAGUGCCUUUUCCUAUUUCUUCUUAGUUCUCCCAUAUGAAUUUGCUGAAACAAACUCAUCUUUACUGUGGGAGCAUCUGGCAGUGCAAGCAGCUGACUGAUUUCCAGUUCUCAUGGCUGAGCUCUGCUAGGGAGACGUGGACUGACUUGAACACAGCCAGUUCUUGAACAGACCUAAAUUCUUCCUUAAGUUACACAGAGUAGAACUAUUUUCCUGUUCUUAUUUCCCUCAAUUGUUUUAUAUUUUGUUGUAUGGUAGCUUUUGGUAAUUGCCUUUAUGCAUCCUAACUCUUGAAUUGGUGGUUUGGCUCCUAGUUUCUCCUCUUUAAUGAGAGGAUAUUUGUUCUGUAUAUGCUGUUGACGUGUGUGCAUUUUGGAACAGGUAGUGUUAUGCUGGCUUUGUUUCUUCCUUCCCUUUCUUGUGUUACAUUUUGUGCUGCUUUUGUCUCUCCUGUUGUUUCCUGCCUUUUAAAACUCUGUUUACUGCAGGGUGUCUUGUUAUCUUUUUGCCCCUUCACCUAAUUUCCCCCAGAUUAAAACUGUUUCACAGUUGAGGUUUUGAUAGUUUGAAUUGAAAAAAUUCAGCUAAAUACAGCAUCUUGUGCUGGGAUAAGCACUGAGCUUAUAUUUAGGAAAUUAUUUUUCUGGGAGGUAUUGAAGAAACACUACCUCUACAAAAUAUCACCAGAUAACCUUUGAUUUAGGAGUAGAGAUUUUGACAUGAAGGCUGUAAGUCUGUCAUUUAUUUUAUGAUUUUGAUAAAUCAUAAUCCUUCUUGUAGUUUCCACACUAUACCGCAGCAAUUAAGCAGAAAACUCCCAUCACACUAAUUGUUUUUAUUUUUUCAUCAGGAAAGAGGAUAUUGCUGUAAAAUUCUUAUAAAAAUAUUUACUGUGUUAAAUGACAGGUUUUUUAAAAAAAUAGAGAUGGAGAGUCAUCUCUAGGUAAAAUGUGGCAAAAGGGGAUGUUCAGCAUAACACGUGUGACAUAUAGCCAUUUUAAGACUUCAUUUUCACAGCAUUUAAAGGCUUGAUGUCACCAGUCUUAUUUGCACAUAAUAAUACUUCUUUAGGGGUGAAACAGAUACAGGAGUCAUGGGGAUAGAAAAAGGAAAAACAAAUGUGAAUAGGAAUAGAAGGCCUUUCCUUUCUGCACAGGAAAAAGAGUGGGAGAAUGGAAAGACACGUUGUCCAGCAUGAAUGGGGAGGCUGAGCCUUAUCCUGAAUGAACUGGCUAUUACUUGCAUUGUGUUGGGAAAGACAGGGUGAAGUUUGCAUUUAGGCUUUUCAUCUAUAGUUUGGAAGCUGAUUUUACAUGUAUCAUUGUUUGUUUAGUUUCCAAGGAAGGAUGAGAAAACAAUAACUGCAAGUGUACCUUGUACAGCAACACUGAUUUCCACUCCUUAUGCCUCAAGUCUGUUGGAUCACUUUGCCAACCACAGUGCUAUAAGCCAACUCGUAAAUAUAUAAGCUUGUUCUUAAAAGCCCUUGCUUACUUGGAUAAAUCAUGCUCUGAAAAGGGUGUGGGACAUGGCGUUGGUUGGGUCAAAGCUCCUGCUGUUUCACUCACUUCCAGACUUCUCACUCAUAGCUACACUGCCAUUUCCUAGGGUUCAGAAAUCACUAACUCAGUCACAACAGGUUUCCCCCUUUAAAUAUUAGUAUUUGUUUUAAUACCACGAGAUUUAAAAAUGGAGAUAUUUUGAGGCCUGUGUAGGAAUUGAAUAGCAGCUGUAUGAAAGCUGCAUACUCUGAGUUACAUGAUUGAGUCAGGUAAAAGAUAAUGCAACCUUUAAGGGAAUCAUUUGAAAGGAGAGGUUCUUACUGGAUGAUUACAGGGAGACUAGGAUCUCCCUGUAACACCUCUUAGCUUCUAUUAGUCUAUUACUGCAGAGCAAGUAAUAAUCUGCUUCUCCAUUCCACUUUAUUUCCUUCUCUUUUGCUGUUCUGCAUUUCUCUCCUCACUUCUCAUUUCCUUGCCUGUUAUUUUCUCUGAAAAAGAGUAAUGUAAUGAAUGGUCUUGGUUUAACUUGGAAAUGAGGACUGCCUUUUGCCUGUACUUUGGAAUGCCACCUUCUUGGACUUGGUUUGUUUUGAGUUCAGUUGUACUGUUUCUGACCUUUUACAAUUUGUCUUUCAAACUAAUGCUGUGAACCAUGAGGAAAUAAAACUGAGAAUACAUGGAAAAGUUUUUA